AUGGCCUUUCAGGGACCUGGUGGUGGAGGACAAUAUGUGCCUCCACACCUGCGGGGCAUGGCUAUGGGGGCUCCACCUCCACCUCCUCCUCCUGGACCUGACCGUGAUCGAGGCGGCCGCGGUGGUUAUGGCGGUGGCGGUGGCUACGGUGGCCCUCGCGGUGGUGGUGGUGCCUAUGGUGGUGGUCGCGGUGGCUACGGUGGCAGUUUUGGCGAUCGCCGGGCCGGCUUUGGCCAGCCGCGCGAGGGCGGCGGACCUGGUGGGUCGGGCAAUGGCGCGAAACGCGUCAAGUAUUUAGGCGGUAUGGGCUUUAACCGACCUUAUGACGAUCCUUUCAAGAAGGCAGAGCAGGAGAAGGCUGAGAUUGACGCGCUUUACGGCGCUGAGAACACCGGCAUUAACUUCGAUGCUUAUGAGGAGAUUCCCGUCGAGACCAGCGGCAAGGACGUUCCGCAACCAGUGCACAGCUUCGAGGAGCUUAAUUUGCCGCAGUGCAUGAUGGACAACAUAAAGCGCUGCAAGUUUACCAAGCCCACGCCUGUGCAGAAGCAUUCUAUUACCAUUGGUUUGGCAGGACGAGACUUAAUGGCUUGCGCACAGACGGGCUCCGGCAAGACAGCUGCUUUUUGCUUUCCCAUCAUCGCGUCUAUGCUCUUGAAGGGUUACCAGCCUGCGGCUGGCCGCAACAGCCGGAAAGCGCUACCAGGCGCACUGGUGUUGGCUCCAACGCGCGAGCUGACGUCCCAGAUUUACGACGAAGCGCGAAAGUUCACUUACAUGACCGGCCUGCGCCCUGUGGUCAUAUACGGUGGUGCUCCAGCACCCAACCAGCUGCGUGACCUGGAGCGCGGCUGUGACAUCCUUGUGGCUACACCCGGCCGCCUCAGCGACUUCAUCGAGCGUGGGCGUGUCGGCCUGUCGUCGAUCCUGUUUCUCUGCUUGGAUGAGGCAGAUCGCAUGUUGGAUAUGGGUUUCGAGCCGCAGAUCCGGCGUAUCGUGGAGCAGGAGGACAUGCCGCCUGUUGGCCAGCGUCAGACGCUGAUGUUCAGCGCCACUUUCCCUAAGGAGAUUCAGCGAUUGGCAGCAGAUUUCCUGAGCAACUAUGUCUUCCUCACUGUUGGCCGUGUGGGCUCCUCCACCGACCUCAUCGUGCAGCACAUCGAGUAUGUGUCGUCCGAUGAGAAGCAGAAUACUUUGCUGGACCUUAUCAGCACGGUCGAGGGUCUGACGCUUGUAUUCGUGGAGACGAAGCGCGGGGCGGACGAGCUGGAGCGCAUUCUGACGCGCAACCAACUGCCAGCCACAUCGAUCCACGGUGAUCGCUCGCAGGAGCAGCGCGAGAUGGCGCUGCGCAGCUUUAAGAGCGGGAAGACGCCCGUCAUGGUGGCUACCGACGUGGCUGCCCGUGGUCUGGAUAUUCCUCACGUGACCCACGUGAUCAACUACGACCUGCCUAAGGACAUCGAUGACUACGUGCACCGCAUUGGACGCACGGGACGCGCUGGCCACAAGGGUCUUGCCACGGCCUUUUUCACUGAUGCGGAUGCGCCAUUGGCUCGCUCAUUGGUGGAGGUGCUGACGGAGACGAACCAGGCAGUACCCGGCUGGCUGCAGAACUACGCUGCCCGCACGCCUGGUUACGGCCAAAAGAGCCGCCGCGGUGGUGGUCGUUUUGGCGGCCGCGACUUCCGCAAGGAUAAUUACGGUGGUGGCGGUGGCUAUGGCGGAGGCGACAACCGCGGCGGCGGUGGCUAUGGUGGCGGUGGCUACGGCAGCGGCAGCGGCGGCGGUGGUUACGGUGGUGGCGGCUACGGUGGCGGCUGUGAGUUAUUGGUGUAG